GACGCAGUGGAGGACUCUCCGGGUUCCCGGGGUUCAGCGCGGCGCGGGGCUGGUGUUGAUCAGUAUCCCGGAUUCAGCAGUACAGUAAUAAACCCCGGGGGGAAAAGGUCCAGCAAUGUCUGAACUGUUUAUGGAAUGUGAGGAGGAGGAGCUGGAGCCGUGGCAGAGGGCAGUCCCAGAAAUCUGUUUAAUUGACGACGAUGACGAUGAUGAACCCAUUUUUGUGGGAGAAAUCUGCAGCUCCAAGCCCACACUUAACAGCAGACCAAAUGUCAGCAAUCCACCAAACACCGCAUUUCAAAGACCCCCUACACUAACAUCACCACAAAAGACUGUUCAGAUGAACACUGCAAAAACAUUCAGAGGCUCAUCACAGUCCACCUGCAGCCCUGUCCUCAUGCCUGUGAGCUCCCCAUCAGGACCUCUGCUGACUCCCAGAACACUAAACACGGUUUCCCCUCAGCCCAUCAUCAUCAACAAACAGGGUUAUAUAGUGGCGUCACCACAGAACCUCAACAAUAAUUCCACGUUCAUCAACUCGCUGGGCUCGCAGUAUCCUGCUGGCACAUCCUUCACUGUUUUGCCAGCAGCAGGUCAUCCAAUUGGGCAGCACGGUCCUCCUCAGCCAAAGCCGCUGGCAGGCGUCAUCCACAGGCCCCAAGUCCAGCUCAUUCAGAACAAUGUGGUGACCCUCUCCAACGUUCAGGCUCCUGCAGACAUCGCAGCUCAGUCCCAGUCCACCUCCAAAAUGCAGAUGUUUCAGCUCGCCCCCCAAAGCAGACCCAGCAUCAUGUCCCCUUCCAAACACAUACCUGCUCCUACUCUCCAGGCUGUCAACAACCGCGGUCUGUACGCAGAUAACAGCAAAAUGAAACGAACUCUUAUGCCUGACUCAAACAAUGGCACCUCCAAAAGAACCAAAAUUGACACAGAGAACGAGACCCCCUUCAGAAGGAAGUGUCCCAAAUGUAACAUUUACUUCAAUUUAGUGGAGCCAUUAAAAAGUCACAUGCGAUGUUGCUGUCCUCAUUUGUUGGACACCAUGUUUCCGUCCACCUCCAAGCCGGAUAGAGCUGCAGCUCCUACACGGAUGUAUGACGUGGAGCGAGGCAAGCUGAUCAUGCUGGUGUCUGAAUUCUACUACGGGAAGUGUGAAGGCGACCAGUCUCUUUCUCGGGAACAAAAGUCCAACACUACUUUCAAAUGCAACAGCUGUCUGAAAACCCUCAAGAACAACAUUAGGUUCAUGAAUCACAUGAAGCAUCAUCUGGAGCUGGAGAAGCAGAACAGUGAGAGCUGGGAGAGUCACACCACAUGCCAGCACUGUUACAGGCAGUACUCUACACCCUUCCAGCUGCAGUGCCACAUAGAGAGCGCCCACAGUCCCUACGAGUCCACAACUAACUGUAAAAUCUGUGAAUUGGCCUUUGAGACGGAGCAAGUCCUCCUGGAGCACAUGAAGGACAAUCACAAACCCGGAGAGAUGCCGUACGGCUGUCAGGUCUGCAACUACCGGUCAUCGUUCUUCUCAGAUGUGGAGACCCAUUUCCGCACAGUCCAUGAAAACACUAAAGAUCUCCUCUGUCCAUUCUGCCUUAAAGUCCUGCGCAGUGGCCACAUGUACAUGCAGCACUACAUGAAGCACCAGAAAAAAGGUAUUCAGCGUUGUGGAAAGUGCAGAUUGAAUUUUCUGACGUACAAGGAGAAAGUGGAGCACAAAACACUUUACCAUCGAACGUUUAAGAAACCAAGAAGCCUUGAAGGACUGCCUCCAGGAACUAAGGUGACGAUUCGAGCCUCGCUCACCGGUGGGUCUCCUAUGUCUCCUGGCUCGACUCCUAGCAAGUCGUUUGUUAACCUCGUUCCCAGAAGCCCUGAAAGACCCAGACCAGUUACUCACAAAUCCAGCUCGAAUGCAGGGCGGGUAAAAAUUAACCAAGCUGGCAAAAACCGAAACCCUCACAACAAUGAGCUCAAAGGCCUAAGACUCACUCCUGGAGUGCACAAAUGCACGGAGUGUCAGAGUGAAGUGACCGACGCUUACGUCCAUUAUCCUCUUACGCUGAGAUGCUCUGUAUGCAAGUAUCGCACAAGCUGUCAGAAGUCGUUCGGCCAGCACAUGCUGAGAUUUCACAGCAGCUCCUCGAAGCAGCGGUUAGGCAGGGGGAAGAGGACUCUGCGUGGUGUGAAGAGUCUCACCCUUGUGUGUCUGAACUGUGAAUUUCUGGCGAACGCCUCUAAUGCGGACCGCAUGUGUGAACAUCUACUCUACAGACCCAACCACACCUGCCAGAUCAUUUUAGAGACCGAUGAGGAAUCGGCAGUAGAGAUGAUGGCAAUCACUGACUCGGAUCAGGUUGAGGCACAAGGUCCGGUUGAAGAAGUGAGCAGCACUUGCAGUUUGUUUGGAACCAAAGGCAUUGUCUCAGAAGUAUCGGAAACAGAAGAUAUAGAACCUCUCAUUGCUGAAGUUUGGAGUGAAGAACCUUCGUUUCAGGCAGCAGAAAAGGAGGUGACUGAGGAUAGCAGUGUUGUUGAUCCAAGAGAAAACGGAGCACUGACACCUCCGGCAGACGACCAAGCUAAGAGUAAUGAGACUGAACCUGGGGAAUCCACAGUCGAGGAUGAAGGUGUAGAGGAAGCGGCUGAGGCUGCUGAAGAUGUUGAGGCUGCUGAAGAUGUUGAGGCUGCUGAAGGUGCUAGAGAAGCUGAAGAUGCUGGAGAUGCAGAAGCUGCUGAGGAUGCAGAGGAUGCUGGAGAUGUUGAGGAUGCUGAGGAUGCAGAGGAUGCUGGAGAUGCAGAAGCUGCUGAGGAUGGAGAGGAUGCUGAAGGUGCUAGAGAAGCUGAAGCUGCUGGAGAUGCAGAAGCUGCUGAGGAUGCUGGAGAUGUUGAGGAUGCUGAGGAUGCAGAGGAUGCUGGAGAUGCAGAAGCUGCUGAGGAUGGAGAGGAUGCUGAAGGUGCUAGAGAAGCUGAAGCUGCUGGAGAUGCAGAAGCUGCUGAGGAUGCUGGAGAUGUUGAGGAUGCUGAGGAUGCAGAGGAUGCUGGAGAUGCAGAAGCUGCUGAGGAUGGAGAGGAUGCUGAAGGUGCUAGAGAAGCUGAAGCUGCUGGAGAUGCAGAAGCUGUUGAGGAUGCUGGAGAUGUUGAGGAUGCAGAGGAUGCUGGAGAUGCAGAAGCUGCUGAGGAUGGAGAGGAUGCUGAAGAUGCUCUGAAUGCUGAAGCUUCCCCCAACUCCUUAGACUCUGAAGCAGAUGGCGGCAGUGUGUCUGUAGAAGACUUCCUUACAAAAACGGACCAAGUUGAAAGUGUGAGCGUCCACUCUCCCCUGGAACCACUCACUCCAUCUAAGGUUUUAGAAUGUGGUGAUGGAGAGAAUAAGCUGGAGACUGGAAACAAAGACAAUGAAACAGACUUGGAAGAGGAACCCACUGAACUGGAUAAUAAUCUACAACCUUCUGGUUUGGAGUAAAAUAGAGCAAUGAUGCUCUGGAGAUCUCGUUUUUACUUUUUACAUGUUUAUUUUCUCCAUUUUUUUAAUCUAGCUAUGAGGCCGAUCGAGCAAGUCGACUGUUGAUGCUUCAGAAAAGACUUUGAGAAAUCUGGAGUGUCCAUCCAGUCUGAUUUUAUUUUUGGAUAAUAAACAUAAAACCGUACUGUCUGGUUAAAUGACGAAGCUUGACUGUAUUACUGUACUUCAAAACAAAGUAUUGCCUUCCAUCAUGAAUCAUUCUCCAUUUCAAAAAUGAACAGGAAGACAGGGAUAUAAUGAAAAUCUUCUACCUAAUCUACACCUGUUUGCUUGCCCUGGAACUAGAUCUCCCCCGGAGAGUCUGACCAGCUGUACCUUCUGUUUUAGAUAAAUGAGAAUGUGGAUAGUAUUAUACUGUACUACAUUGUACACUGUACUUGACUCAUGAGAAGAAAAAGCAGACACUUCCGUUAUCUCUGUUUCCACUGUAAGAUAUUCUCUUUUUAUAUGCUUGUUUUCAAUAGGAAUCCUUUAAAGUCAAGGUUCUUAAGAUCUGUUCUCUUAUAACCAUUCUCUCACUCUCCCAUGGACAGAGGCUAAGUGGGUUUUAGAAGUAAGGCUCAUAAUAAUGCCCUUAUUACUAAAUAAACCUUCAUUUUAAAAAGGA